UAACAAUCGUGAACGUACCCCAAAUGACAUUUGUAUGUUAAGGUUAUGUUUAGAAUUUUCACCGAUGAUUUUAUGCUGAGUUAUUAGGUCGGACAAAAUGGCCGUUGUGGAAUAUUCCGAAAAUUAUGCCCGCAUGGGUUCGUUCUCCAACAAGGUCCACAAUUGCAAAAUUUGCUCAUUCUUCUCCACAUCGCUGUUCCGAAUGGUAAACCACGUGAGAACCCACCGUUCACCGUUAACCCACUUCAACUGCGAAAAAUCCAACGUUGAAUUAUACUUUUGCAAGGAUUGCAACUUCCAAACUGACCUAACCUUACUUAUGAAAAAACACAUCGAAAAAUACCACAGCUCUCAUCCACGAAACGCAAACAACUUGCAAGAGGACGAAAUUCAAAGUUAUAUUUGUAAGCAAUGUAGUUUUGAAACACAUUUUUUGUUGAAAUGGCUGCAACAUGUUGAAAUGUGCCCAGAACCCAAAAAUGGGUUGCAAUUCAUUUGCACAAAUAAUACAAAACCAGAAAUAAGUUGGUAUCAAUACAAAAACUGUUCAGACAGAAAGGAUACUUUGAAACGACAUAUGGUUAAUAUCCAUUUAAGUGAAAAUCAUUCUGACUGGCAUCAAUGUGACAAGUGUCCAUUCAAAGCCAAAUUUCACUAUGGGUUAAAUAGACACAUACAUAGGCGACAUUUAAAAAGCACAGAGAAAGCGAAUUUCACUUGGUACAAAUGUGCUCACUGUCAAUUAAAAACAGUUUCCUUGGACUUUUUAAAUCAGCAUGUCAGUGAAAAACACACUAGAGCAGACGCUGAAUAUAAGUGUGAGCACUGUCCCUACAAAACAACAAGAACAAAUUUUCUGACACGUCACAUCAUGAACGUGCACCAACGCGACCAGCUUAAGCAGUUUCAAUGUGACCAAUGCUCAUACAAAGCAACCAGAAAAGAUCAUCUGAAACGUCACACAGUGAACAUGCACAAACCUGACGAGAAGAAGUGGUUGCAGUGUGACUAUUGUCCAUACAAAUCAACAAGAAAUGAUCAUCUGAAACGUCAUAUAGCGAACAUGCACGAACCCGACGGGAACAAGUGGUUUCAGUGUGACCAAUGUUCAUACAGAACAACAAGAAAUGAUCAUCUGUUUCGUCACACCAUGAAGAUUAAGCACUUUCAGUGUAACCAAUGUUUCUACAAAACAACACGAAAACAUCAUCUGACACGUCACACCAUGAAGAUGCACCAAGGUGAUCAUACUAAGCAGUUUCACUGUGACCAUUGUUCGUACAAAUCAACAAAAAAAGGCCAUUUGAUUCUUCACAUCAUGAACGUGCACCAACUCGGCCAGAUUAAACAGUUUCAGUGUGAGCAAUGUUCGUACCAAACCACGCAAAAACAUAAUAUGACACGUCAUAGCAUGAACGUGCACCAACGCGACCAAAUUAAGUGGUUUCAGUGUGACCAGUGUUCGUACAAAUCAACAAGAAAUGAUCAUCUGAAAAGUCACACAUUGAAGAUGCACGAACCCGACCGGAACAAGCAACUUUAAUGUGAUCGUUCGCGGAGUGGCUACGCACUAGAUUGAGGAGGAAUAUAUCCAAAUUUACAUAAGGUUGUGUACUGUUAUUUAUUGUAAAAUUGUGACUUUUGAAACAAUGAAGAAUACAAAAAUUUUAAAAUGAAAAA